AUGGUGCCGACCAAGAUUCAGCUCGCGAUUCAGAAGCUGCAACCAAUUCAGCUGAGCUACUCGCGAAAGAAAAGUCAGUGGGAGUCAGCUUUCAACCUCGUAGCUUUACUCUCGAUGCUGGCGAUACCCUACCUGGUGCUGGUAUAUCCGCUGAGCAUGCGAAUGCUCGAGGUCAAGCGGGAGAUGUGUUACGGUCUGCAGAACUUUGUUGUGGCGUACAAUGCAGAUGUUGGGAUGGCUUAUGGGCUCUUAACCACCAAGCGGAAUGCCAGCGAUCCGACACUGGCUGAGGUCGCGGUACAGAGCUACAAGUUCGCCCAUCCCACCCCUUGGACACAGGACGCGCCUCCUCCAGCGCCGAAGUAUUUUCAGCUUGGUUUGGCCACCCAGGAGUUCGAAACUGGGCGCAUCCGGAAGAUGGCCGAGGAGGCUGCUUACUUCCCGGUAUGUUGGGAGACUGAUGUGCUCAAUGGUGGGGGCUCCAACGAUACUGGCUUGUGGACAAUUGCGCAGAGCCGAAUGCGGGCUGCAGCAUUUCACCUGGACCGCGAAGACGCCACAACUUGCGCGGAGCUGCGGGACUAUUGCUAUCUGCCGGAGUCGCGGCUGCUACGCCUAAUGUGUGGUGACACGUGUGGUUGCACAGAUCCGAUGUCAGUGCCGUGGUACAAGCAGAAAGCGGAAGGCUGCGCCGAGAUGUGCCUAUCUGAGAGGCGGACGCGGUUGAGGGCGCUGCCAUGCCAGGAUUUCCCCCAAGCUGGUGCAGCAACGGCGUGGAACGAAUUCUGGGACAACUACGCUGCAGCAAUUACAGCGUACUUUGGAGAGGAUCGCAUUCAGUAUGCAAACAGCUCCAUCAGCUUGGCACAGACCAUGAAAGCUGGCGGCUGCGCGGCGCUCCAAGCAAACCCGAUCGAUGCGAUAACAGGAGAGUCGUAUUGUUUCGGAGCGGCCGACCUCUUCGGCCCCCUUGCUUACCUGUGCCCAGAGUCCUGCGGCUGCCGCACCUACAGUGCUGAGAAUCAGGCAUGGUAUUGCCCCCAGAGCUGCUCUCGGUAA